CGCGUCAACUCCUGUUUUCAAUUUUUAAUUCAUUUUUCAUACGAUAAACUAAUAAGAUUUGGAGUUAGAUUACUCAGAACUAGUCUGGAAACCGUUCCAUCCUAAGAUUUAUUCAUAUUCAUCCAGUUACAAACGACCACAGAUUUCUAAAGACCCAUUUUUUCCGCCCUGUAUUCAUCAAUACUUGCAAUUAAAUAUGAUUAACUGAUUGAGAAUACUGAGACAUCAAAAUCCCUACGAUGAACAAUUUACCACCAAUCAUCACAAAUCUUUCUCCACAAAACUUCAUUAGUUUUUUCGAUCAAUACAUAACUAAAACAAUCACUUCUAAAAUUAAUAAGUGGAACAAUCACGACAGCUUGGAACAGUUCCAUUAAUCAUUAUUAACGACCUGUCGCGUGCUGAACGUGAUUUAAUGAGUGCGAUAAUUUCAUAGCGAUUAGCCGCAGAGAUAACUAAAUUCGGGUGUUGAAUCAAUCACGAAAAAAGAGUUCUAUAACUUGAAAUGCGACACUUGUGGUUUUUUCAAAUGUUUAAAGCUGGUUCCUCCGAGUGAUGACUGAAGCUCAAUCAACACUCGAUGAUAUAGGGGCUAUUACUACAUUUUUAAUGAUAGAGGUUGUAAAAUAUGACACCUCAAUAAACAAAAAUUUUUUUGUUAUUAUUGAAACCUAGUGAGAUAUCCUUGCAAAUGACUUACGGAUGCCCCUGACGCUCCGUUGUUCACCACCACCAGGUGAGUUCUGGAAUUCCUUUGAUAUUCUACCACUCAGAAAUAUCAGUCGAGCUAAUUAAUCCAUUGGAAUAUUGCAGUAUAAUGCACAAAGAGCAUGUGAUUUAUCGAAAUAUCAAAACGUCGUCGGAGCCGACGUGACAAUAGAAUUUAAUUUUCAAGGUUUAAUUCGAUUUUUAAAAUUGAAAGUGUCAGUACACCUUGUGAUUGCAUUCUGCCCACGUCUAGCUACUGCAUUUCCAUAUUCAAAAUCCAAUAACAUCCUAUUUCGACGGAUUACUAUUUUUUUUCUGCGGAAAGUAGAAAUUAUAGAUACACAUAUCAAUGAAUUUGAAUAUUCAAUCGUCAUCAAAAUAAUUGAAAGGAGGGAACUAUGAUGUUACGAAAUUCAUUCCUCGGCUGUCUGAUAUUUAUGAACCUGUUGGGAACUUAUAGUUCCCAAACUGAACAAAUCACCUCACCUGGAUACAAUAAUGGUGUCUCCGACGAUCUAACCACAACCACUCGUUCCCUCGUCGAGAUGAAAUCCGUAAUGCACAGCUGCAUGAACGAGAUCAAAGACAUUGGCACUGACGUAGCCUUGAUAAAAUUCCAAACCCUGUAUCUACCAAGGAACCUGACUCGGUUGAAUUUUCAUCUGGAGAGACGAGACAAGUUGAUGACGCAGAGAAUGAACAAUGGGACUGAGACACUUGUCAGUGGAAUGAAAAGCCUCAACACCUACUACAAAAAAAUGCGAAAAGACUACAAGAAAAUCCGGAAGGAUUUGCAACAAUUGAAAGAGUUCAUAGGAAAUGGGUCACUCGAGAUGUCCUGUCCUGUGUCUGUUCAGCCCGAUGGACAGGUGAGUCCUCAAUCAGAUUUUCUAGGGACUCCUCAUCCAGAUGCAAUCGCAGAUCCACAUCUGGGUGGGACUGUGGCGCCCCAGUUGCCAGAUUUACCAGUGGUUCACCAUCCAGUUCAUCCAUCCACAAUUUCCCCGACAAUCGACCACCACCUCAACAGCCUGAUAUUCGGCCAGGAGCAGAUAAAAAAUCAGAUCGACGAAGGUAUCGCCAAACUGGACGCAUCGGUCGCUCGUCUCGAGAAGAAAUUGGAGACGGCCUUCGCUGACUUCAACCAGGACACGAAGCUCAUCCACGAGAGAGUCGUCCGCGACAUCGCCAGAGUGAUGCAACAGAUAUCCGACCUGAAAGGCAUGAUCACAUCGCCCAGCGGUCAGCCGCCAGCCACAUCUCAAUCUGGUAAAAAAUUCAAUGCAUUCCCCCCCGUCAGAAAAUCACAUCCCCAACGCCCCCAACGCCGUUCAUCCAAUAUUCCCCUCCAUGGUGUAUCAUCUCGUCUAACGCUAGCCGAAUUGGUUAAAUUUUUGUCAAUGAUUAAAAAUGCCAGAGGGAUAUUCGAUAGAAUUCUAGAGAAGAAACCAAUUGUGGGACUCGGCGGGACAAUCGGCAUGGGGAAGCUCAUAGAAGCGCCAGAAGGAUUUCCAGAUUACGCGGGCCUCAUGGGGGGAAUUUCGGGGAUCGCGCUGAUUCCCAAUGAGGAAUUAAACAGUAUAGCUGAUUUGCUUUUGGAACUUCCAGCGGUUUUCGGUAUACCGUUGCCUCCACUGUCAGAAUUGCCAAAUUGGCUGGUAGAUACCAUUGGGGAGCCGAUUGGAACGCCGAGGCCCGCAAUGCCAGUCAUAGAUAAUAUGUAUGAACCAACGGUUUUGCCCCCAGAACAACCUGACGCCUGGUUGCCUUGGUUAAUACCAGAAUCCACUGGAUCACCUGAUGCAUUACCUGAGAUAGUUGAACAGCCUGACAGUCUGGAUUUGGAGCCAGAUCUGCCGAUUCCACCACUUCCAAAGCCCACACUUCCUGCACCUCAUCUUGGAGGCCUGAUCCCAGAGCCCACAAUACCAACGGUCCUGAAACCAGGACCUCCUUCACCGAUUAUUCCGGAAAUUUAUCCUACGCAGGCAACUCGACCUCCAGGAGCUUCACCCACAACUCCAUCUGUUCCUGAACCAGCGAGUCUUCUAGAACCCGUCACCGUUCUUAAAGCAGCAGGCCUUGAAAAUCAUUGCGCUUGUUCCUGCCCCUGCGAGUGCACCUGUCCUAUAUUACCGCUUGAAUUUCCGAAGACUACCACGAGGCAGUGGUGGACGAAAUUUCAUCAAUCUCUACCACAUUCUAAAGUUCCGCAGUGUAAAUGUCUCUGCGCGUGCCCGUGUCCACCACUGCAUAGCACCAAAAGACCUCCUCAUAUCAUAAUGGAGGAGGAACGGGAUACGGAGAGGUCUCCCUGGAGUAUCCAAGAGGAUGAUUCGCCUAGCUAUUAUGAUGAUACGAUGACGACUGGUCACUGGCAAUCACCCGUCUCUGAAUCUCCGGUUGCUGAUGGCAAGGGUGAUCGUUGCUGCCACAGGAUUGAAGAACUGUCCAACGAUAUCGGGGAGCUCGUCGAUGACUUUCAGAUGCUGAAGAUGACUGUGAGGGAUGAGAUGAUCAUCACGAGGGAGGCCAUCAUGACACAGAUGAAUGAAAAGUUUCUAGCUGUUUCGGCUGCACUUGCUGGCACCCAUUACACCAAUGUACUUCUUCAUUCUAACGAUAAGAAUGCUACGGAUAAUAUUGGAGAGAUGAUGAAGGGACAGUUCAGGAGAACUUAUAAUACCUUGAGGGGUGUCACUGCAGCUGUAGGGCGGAUGCGCGCGGUUGUACAGAACAUAUUGCGCUCUCAUUCCAGUGGAAUGAACUACGAGCCUCCAUAUUACAAUCCAUACUGGGAGAUGCACUACAGACACAGAGGAAUGAGAGACCCUCUUUUUCGCAGAUCAUCGGUGAUGCGGGCAGCCAGGGAGUCCUUCCCCGAAGGUUUUCAUGGGGAGAAAGUGUGAGGUGUGGGGGAUAAAGGAGAGAUGGGUGAGCUAUCGAAAAUAUGUUGUGUUUUGUUUGUUAGGUUUGUAAUGGAAGCGUAAAUGAUAAAUUGAGUAGAGGUAAAUAAUAAUGAAUACAAGUAGUACAUCUCUAACGCAUGAUGAUCUGUAUCCUAAAAGUACAACGGAUGGUAUUGUUUUGUCGUCGACACUCAAGCAAUUUCAGAAUCAAAUGCCACCUGACAUUCUCCCAGAGGUUAAGGCCAGGGCACCUUUUACCUGAACUUUCAGCGAUGGCAAAUCGAUUUACUUCGAAGUUAAAACUGCCGGGACACAAAGUCCAAUCAGUUCUAUUUCAAUAAAGAGCAUGCAAAUACACACAAUUAAGAAGGAUAUCCCCGACAAAUGGCGAUAAUUAGGUAGACGUUUAUGAGUCAUGAGAAUUAUCGAAUAAAUAAUUUCACGUUUAUUGUCAAGGUACUCAUGUAUAAAACUAAUGUUUUAGAAGGUCGUUCGAUUUUUUCUGGG